CUCACCAAACCAGUGAGCAGCACCUGGAUGGAGGCUGGAAAAGUGUGUUUUCCUAAGAAAUAUCACAGGCAGCCUCAGCAACAGCACCUGAAGGGAAAGCAGAGGACGAAGCCACCCCCCAUCUCUCUGUACCGGCUUUUCUUCUUUCUGCUGCUUCCAGCUUCCUCAUCCUGCCCCAGUCCUGCCCCCACUCCCACAGAUGAGAGCGGAGAAGUCAUUGAGUGGCUGACACAUUAUGGAUACCUACCACCAGCUGAUCCUAUUACAGGCCAGCUACAAACGUGGGAGGCUGUGACAAGCGCCCUUCGUGUAAUGCAACGUUUUGCAGGCAUUGCAGAAACCGGAAUUCCAGAUGAUGCCACGUUGAGUCUGAUCCGGAUGCCCCGCUGUGCCUUGCCUGAUAUUAUCCCCAACUUCCCCCCCAAGCUUUCUUUGAAGGAAAGCGCAAGGAAGAAAAGAUGGCAGAGGAGAAAGAGUCGGGGCAGGCGCAGUGCUGGGUCAGUUUGGACUAAAAGAAACAUCUCCUGGAAGGUGAAGAGCUAUCCACAGGGAGCCCAUCUCAGCCGAGAAACUAUGCGAGUAUUGAUCUAUUAUGCCCUAAAGGUUUGGAGUGAAGCUACACCAUUAAACUUUCAUGAGAUUGGCAGCCACACUGCUGACAUCUCUGUGGAGUUCCUCCAGCUGGAUCACCAUGAUGGUUAUCCUUUUGAUGGACCUGGUGGGAUGGUGGCCCAUGCUUUUUUUCCUGGAGACCCCCAGAGGGCUGGCACUGUUCAUUUUGAUGGGGAUGAAGAAUGGACUUUCCGUUCACCAGAUGACUUUGGCACCGACCUUUUUGCCGUGGCCAUUCAUGAGUUUGGCCACAGCCUUGGCUUAGCACAUUCAUCUUCCAAGCACUCUAUCAUGCGCCCAUAUUACCGGGGACCAGUGGGAGACCCAUUGCAAUACCAGUUGCAUAUGGAUGAUCAUGUUGAAAUCCAGAAGCUUUACGGGAGUAGAGUUCUCCAUUCCACAGAGAAGCAUGAUGUAACCACGCCGAUACCAGACCUUCUCUCCUUGCCACAGAAUUUCCCUGUGGUCAGACCAGGAGAACGACUGCCUGACCGAUGUGCCUCCAGCAUCGAUGCUGUUGCUCACAUCCGAGGAGAAACAUUCUUUUUCAAAGAUGAGUACUUCUGGCGCCUGUCCCAAGGCCGACACCUCACUUCUCUACGGCCAGCUCUGAUCACUCGCUUCUGGCGAGGAUUCCCUUCCACUCUCCGCAAAGUGGACGCUGUUUAUGAGAGGCCUGCAGAUCAUCGCAUCCUCUUCUUCAGUGGACCUCUCUACUGGGUAUUUAAGGACAACAGUGUGGAAGAGGGCUCCCCUCGCCCAGUCACAGACUUUGGUCUGCCCCAAGGGGGCAUCAGUGGUGCUUUCUCCUGGCCUUUAGACCAGAAAACCUAUUUCUUCAAGGGUGAUCUCCACUGGCGCUAUGAUGAAACCACAGGGUACAUAGAGGAAGCCUUUCCACUGCACAAAGCAGCCUGGGAGCAGUUCUCCUCUUCUGUGGACUCUGUCUUGAGUGAAAGUGAUGGAACACUGUAUGUUUUUAAAGGCCAAGAGUACUGGAAGUUUGACCAGAACACCCUCAAGCUCCAGGCAGGAUACCCUCGUUCCAUUGCCACUGACUGGCUGGAUUGCACCGUUGAACCUCCCAGGAUGAUGCCUACCAGCCCUUCAUUGGGAGCUGAACUUCCACCGGACUUCCGAGGGCCACAGCUGGAACUUGAGGGCUGUGUGUGUUUUUGUGCUGCUUUUUGUGCCAUUUCUCCCACUUUGCUCAACUCUCUGCCCUUGGCUCUCCUGACACUGCAAGGACUUGCCUAGGAUGGAUGAGGAAUAUUGCCCUGGGAUUGCCCUAU